AGUGACAACUCGGAAGCGUACGCGCAAGAUGGAGGCAUGUUAUUAUCAACACCAAGGAAAUGUAGGUGGGACGACCGAAAAUCAACGUGCUUAUAAUUUUGUCCUCAUCUUUGUGAGCGCUGCAUGAAGUGAGUUAACGAUGCGCGCUUGCUUUGUUACUUGCCGAAAAGAGAGCGUCUGUAAAAUUCUACGGCCACGCACAGAUCAUUUUUACCAGCGCUAGAUUGCUUCCAGCAUUCAGAAAUGAAUGACUAAUUGUGGUCCCGCAUACUCUUUUUAACGUUGAUAGUUGCGUUCUAUUUCUACUAGCAGUGCUAGGAACUCCGUGUUGAAACAGUGGAUUGCGACGCCUCUACACAAGAGACUAUACGCCCAUAAUUUGCAAGUGCUCGGUCUGUGCCGUCUACCUGGAAGCCGCAACGUCGAACAUUUACUGCGAGCUGAAGUGAACAACAAUCCUCGAGCGAGAACCUUCGAACAACGUGGCACUUCAACGGCGAUAUCUCAGUUGCAGUUCCGUACAUACCGAGGCCGGGUUCAGUUUCUUACAACGCUUUGAACUUUCACCAGCUGCCAGACCUGGACGAAUUGUUCGAUGGAUACGACAAGCGUGCUUGGCCCACAUACGGCACAGGAGAACCCACGAAAGUUGUAGUGGACAUGCGUAUCAAUACGCUUGGCCCCAUGAAUGCGGAGGACAUGGAUUAUGAAAUGGACAUAUUUUUCCGACAAGCCUGGCGGGACCCUAGAAUAUCACUGCGGCGCUUCGGCCACAUGGAUAACUUGACGGUGAACGGUGCUGCCUUGUUGGGGCGCAUGUGGAAGCCUGACCUGUACUUCGUGAACGCCGAAGAGGUGCGCACUCACUCCGUCACCAUGCCCAACCAGCUGCUCAGGCUGUCACCAGACGGGGACGUGCUCAUCAGCAUCAGGUUGAGUUUGAGGCUUUCCUGUUUGAUGUUCUUCUACUACUUUCCGUUCGACAAGCAGAGGUGCUUCGCCCAGCUUCGUCCAUAUAUCAACACACUCAGCCAAGUGGAGUUCGUUUGGCGAGAAGUCGACCCUGUACAUUUGGAUAGGCCGUUCCACAUGCAGGAUUUCAACCUCAUAGACAUGUCGUACGAGAACUACACCAUUGACCUCGAAAAAGGGUCUUUUUCGUGCCUCCAGGUUACCUUCCUACUAGAAAGGCAGCAAGGUUUCCACAUGAUCCAGACGUACUUGCCCAUUUACAUACUGGUGUUUGUGUCUUGGCUUUCCGCGUGGAUCAGGCCGGACUUCAUUCCACCCAGAGCCAUCAUCGGAGUGAACACGUUGCUGACGAUGGCGAGCAUCUACCUGUCCCUGAGCACACACCUGCCCAAGGUGGCUUACAACAAGGCCGUCGACGUUUGGCUUGUUGCGUGCAUACUCCUCAUUAUCGGAUCACUGAUCGAGUUUGGCAUCGCCAACUACCUCUUCCGAAGCAGACUCACUCGCGCCGAAUUCUCACAAGCACUGAGUGUCUUCAAGAAGGACAAGUACCCAAAAGACCCGAGCGGCCUUCCUUUGAAUCAGAAGAGAGCCCUCACCGUGGAACGUUACUCACGGGCGAUGUUCCCGCUGUUGUUCCUAGCACUGAACAUCGUCUACUGGUCUGUGUACCUCAGCAGACCUCUUGUGGAUGCCGAUAGGAUGUGAGAAGAGAGGUCUUAAAGGGAGAAUAAAUAGAACAUUU